AAGAAGAAGAAGAAGAAGAAGAAGAAGAAGAAGAAGAAGAAGAGGGGGGCGAGGAUGGACGUGACGGAGCGCGAGGACGCGACGAAGAACGCGCCCAUGUGGUGGGGAGUCGUGCGGCGGCCCGAGGUGGUGCUCGCCGGCUUCGUGAUAAGCCUGCUUCUCGUGGUGUGCUUCUCUGGUGUUGGCGGGUGGAGCGCGCUCACAUUUUCGUCUCAGACAAUUGAAGCAGUAAAAGAUAAAGCAGAUGUCAUGGCCAAAGACAAACUUCUUGGUGGAUUACUUUCCUCUGAAUUCGACGAACACUCCUGUCUGAGUCGGUACCGAGCCGUCCUCUACCGUAAAACAUCUCACCAUCUACUAUCCCCAUACCUCGUCUCCAAGUUACGAAAGUACGAAGCCCUCCACAAGAAAUGCGGCCCGGGCACUCCACUCUACAAGAAGUCCCUGGAACAGUUGAAGCACAAUCACAGCACCGAGCUCGAAUGCAACUACGUAUUUUGGAGCCCGAUUGCAGGCCUAGGGAACAGAAUGCUCACUGUCACUUCUAUAUUUCUCUAUGCGUUGCUCACGAAUCGUGUCCUCCUGAUCGACCAGCCUAAUGACAUGGUCGACGUCUUCUGCGAGCCGUUCCCUGGCACCUCUUGGGUUCUGCCCGACGAUUUCCCUAUUAAGAACAUGUGGAGCUUUCACCACCGUACCGAAGAGAGUUACGGAGUUAUGCUAGAGAAAGGCUUGAUCAGAAAUGACCCUAACGUUCCGAAGGAGUCGUUGCCUUCGUACGUUUACGCUCAUCUUCCACACGAUUACAAUACGAUGUCGCAUAGGCUCUUCUUCUGCGACGAGGAUCAGUUGGUUCUCAGAAAGGUGAAUUGGCUACUGAUUCGAUCAGAUAACUACUUCGCGCCAGGUCUGUUUAUGAUUCAACAGUACGAAGAUGAACUCCGACGGAUGUUUCCGUUCAAAGAGACUGUAUUCCAUCACUUGGGGCGAUAUCUCUUCCACCCUAGCAACACGGUCUGGGGACUGAUCACGCGAUACUAUGACUCUUAUCUAGCCAAGGCUGAUGAGAGGGUCGGCGUUCAGAUUAGAACUUUCUUCUGGACACGGCUUUCGUCAGACGACCUCUUCGAAGAAAUCAUCAGAUGUGCUCAAAACGAAAAAUUAUUGCCGCCAGUCAAUCGUACCGAAUCGCAGCCUUCAGAUACUGAAAAACGAAGGAUCUCGAAAGCAACUCUAGUGGUCUCAUUGCACUACAACUACUACGAGAAAAUGAAGAGCAUGUACUACGAGCACUCGACUACGACGGGGGAGAUUGUGAGUGUGUAUCAACCAACGCACGAAGGGAAUCAGCAGACGGAGAAGCAAUCACACAACCAAAAGGCGUUGGCGGAGAUAUGGUUGCUGAGCUUCUGCGACGAGCUCAUUACGACAUCAGUGUCGACGUUUGGGUACGUAAGUAACGGUCUUGCCGGCUUGAAGCCGCUGUACCUGGCAAUGAGUGCAGAGAUUGACAAGGUUCCUGACCCUCCCUGCCGCCGAGCCGUUUCGAUGGAGCCGUGCUUCCAUUCCCCGCCAAACUUCGACUGCAGAACGAAAAAGGAUGCUGACACAGGGAUGUUGGUUCCACAUGUGAGGCAUUGCGCGGAUGUGAACGAUGGUGUCAAAUUGGUUGAUUAGGCUCAUCGAAUUUUUGUUUCCGGUUUUUUUGUUUUGUGAUAUCAGGCUUCUAUUUCCUAUUUGUAGAGCAAAAAGAAGAUCACAGCUGUUUCCUUAGAAAAAUUUGAUUUUAUAGUGUAAGAAUCGUAGUUUUAUACUUCUUUUUGGAAAUAA